AUGUCUAAACGUCUAUAUGUGGAUCUACCGGUCAGGCGGGUGAGGCGGAAGCUCGCGGACAACGAUGGCGAGGAGGAAGAGGAUGCCGAUGUUGGAGCUUCGACGUCUGUCGUGUCCAGGACCGGGCAACGCGCAUUUGUUGACCUCGUGAAGGGAUAUCAUGAAACGAGUAUAACCUCUGUGCAGUUCGACGCGGAGUCCGCCACAGAGAACAGCGAUGUUGAAACCGCGCCUGAUACUAGUAUGCCGGACCCCGGCGCCGAAGAGGACGACGCGCAGACUUCCCAUGACUUCAAUGCAGAUCACAGAUCCUCUCGCUCAAUGCCUUCGCGCCUCCCUACGCCCGCGCCUCCGUUGAGGCGCAGGAGAUCCUCAGUUUACGUGGAUCUUCCCCCGCUACCACGAGCCAUUCUAAAGCAAACCCAGAGUCACUCUGAUGAAGAUGUCGUACUGGAUGAUGAUUCCGCCAUUGUAGACCGAAGGACAGGCCUUGCAACGCCUCGCAAAACGAAGACGCCCAGCUUGUCGGUCGCAUCACCGCCCGACGACGAAGAAGAAGAGGUACUGCUCGAGUACGACCCGCCAGUAACCGAGGCGCCUGAAACUGAGGAGCUUGUCGACAUGCUCGACGAGAUCAAUGCAGAUGCUGAGGAGGACGAGGAAGACAAGAAGUCCGACCUCCCCAUCCGCAUUCUCGACAAUUUUGCAAUUUACCAGGCUGAUUCGUCCGUCAUGGAGGAUUUCUUCUCCGUCGCCCUCGAGUCCGAGCGUCAGCUUCAGAAACGGCAACUCUUGGCUUCAGGUAUCGUCAGUCCUCAACCAAGGAAGGACGAGAAUGACGAAGAGAUUGAGAUCGACUUUGACCCGGAAGACAUGCCACGGAUACAGCUGACGGAGAUCCUCGAGAUCGACUUUCUCUGGUGGUACGACGAAGAUGAAAGGCUGGACCCUGAUAUAUGGAUCCGAACUUCCCAUGCGUGGUACAUUCUCCGCGACGCACAUCCUUCGUACAGACCCUACAUGCGGCCUUUCUCCCUCGCACAUUACGUGAUAUACGUCAUGACCAAAUAUGCCCUGAAGCACCCCCGAGUGACGCUAGAUACUUUCCUACUCGAGGUUGAUUCUGAUGAGUUGGGCGUACUCUACGACGAUCAGGCAGACGACCAGCCACUCACGCGUGAAGAAUGCGAAAGGGCUCUCCAGGAUGCACGUGUACUCCAGCUCUUCGAUAAGCUACGUGAUGAAAUCAGACCGCUGAACAAGAAUACGCUCUUCCGUGAGCUCAGGACACGCUCUCGAUCUCGUUCGCGCUCACGAGCGCGCUCUGUCGCCUCAUCCGCCCCUGCCAACUCCGAUGCAGAGAGCACUCUCGAGUCUGCUUCCGACCGCGGUCGUAAACGCAAAAGACCCUCCCUCAAGCGACGGCGCUCGUCCAACAAGAACCCCGAGCUAGAGACUUUGAGGACGAAGCCAGGCCAGCACACAGUACUGACGCCUAUCGUCAGUGAAAUCGCGCAGCAACUACGGCACUUAAAGCUCAGACGCGCAGAGAGCGUCAUGAGCGUUCGAGAUAGGGGGCGGUCGAGUUCCAGACCGGUUUCGAGGCGAAGGAGCAGUACGAUCCACGAGAGCAAUCCGGAGAAGAUCAUCUGGGGACGGUGUGUGGCUCAAGAGGACGGGACGAGCUACUAUGACUCUGUUCGGAUCGAUGGGGUUAAGUACAAGCCCGGGGAUCUGGUUAUGCUCGAACCUGGUGCGGAUCCCAAGAAAACGCGCGAGCAAGCCGCGAAGACCGUUCAUACCACGAACUUGCUAGCCCACAAGAACUGGUUCGCUCAAAUUGUCUGCUUACAUGACGAUGGCGGGCGUGCCCCUAGUUUCCACGCGCGCUGGUUCGCGCAUUCGUCCAAGACACUGCUUCAAGAGUUCUCUCAUCCCAACGAACUAUUCUGGCUCAAGGAGUGCUCGGACUGCGAGCUCACCUCCAUCUUACAAAAAUGCGAACUUGAUGUCUUGCCGAAGAGAGGCGAGGUAGGCGAAGAACCACCUGCAGAGGGUGACAGGGCGCUGCCCCCUGACCACUUCUUUCACCGGAAUUUGUACUACGACGAGGACGGGAUCGCGUGGUCCAGCCUCUCGUCAACUAUCAUUCAGAAGGCUCUCGACCUAUGCCCGCCGCAUCGACAAUGCAUAUCCUGUGGCCUAGACGAACUCGAUGAGCAACAUGAUGCCAUCACUCUCCUCAGCGAUAACCGAGGCUUCAUUUCAAGCGGUAUUGAAUAUCAUGAGCAUGAAUGCGUCUAUCUGUACGGCAAGGACGAUCCGAACAGCGUUUUCGAUCUGGCGCAGAUUGUGGAUUGGAAGAGUGCUGCCCUUAAGAAAAAGAAGCGGGCUGAUGAAACGCUGAAACUGACACUUACCGUCCGGUACUUUCAUCGGAGAGAUGAUCUGACGAAGAAAGAGAGAUUAGCCGGGCUGGAGGGUGAUCAAUGGAAGAUGGACGAGCGCCACAUCUUCCUGACCGGCCGUCAAGAGGAAAUCAGCUCCGAUCGUCUUGCUGGCAAGUUCUAUCUACGUCGCCGCGAACCCAAGGACAAGAAUUGGCUCCUUGACAACCCUGACGUAUUCUACUGCACCCUUGAAUCGGCCCUCGCCGGUAAAGACGUCGAGCGCCGCAAGGAACUCCAUGAGAUCCCAAAGAACACACUUGAGCGAUGCGAAGAUUGCUUCAAUGCUAUGAUGCAGCGCGACGAGCGACUAGGGAGGGUGGCGCACUUGAACGGUCUUGAAAUCUUCGCUGGAGGCGGCGGUCUAUCUGAGGGCGCCAAAUCCAUGAUCGAUACUCGUUGGGUCAUUGAGUACUCAUUGGCCUGUGCGCGGACGUUGGGGGCGAAUCACCCCGACGCCGUCAUCUUUAAUCAGGACUGCAACAAAGUCUUGCAGUAUAACAUUGACUUCCUGGAUGGCUGUAAUCCCGACCCCUUACUCGAUAGUGACGGAAAUGAACUCCCACCGCUGCCUGGGCGCGGAGAAGUCGACAUCAUUUUCGGAGGCCCGCCUUGUCAGUCCUUCUCCAAGGCGAAUCACUAUAAGAAGGAUGAUGAUCCGAGAUCGAUGCUCGCGCUAGUUCUUCUCUCGUAUGCCGAACUACUCGAACCCGAUUACAUCAUCAUCGAAAACGUACUUGGCUUCGUUGAACAUAAGACUACGCUUCAGGACGGUCGAGAGGUCCCUGCCGGAAUGGUCAAGAUAGUGGUACGCAUCGGGCUGGCGCUAGGGUUCCAAGUCCAUGCUCGAGUGAUGCAAGCCGCACAGCACGGUGUGCCCCAAGGGCGCCGGCGGUUCAUCAUCAUCAUGGCACGUCGGGGACUACCACUUCCUCAGCAUCCUCUUCCCACCCACGUCUACAAAGCUGCUCAGAGGGUUCAUUUGCCGACUGGGCAGACUCUGCGCGGUCUAUCGCGUGCCACCGAUGGCUUUUUGACCGAGAGCGCGCGCUCAGCGUACUAUGACCAAUAUACAUCCGCCGCGCCGCAUCAUACAAUCACUGUUGAACAGGCGACUGGUGACCUCCCAAUGUUCCACUGGGAACGGCCCGGUGAGGAGAUCGUCGUGUCGGAUGCCGACCGUCAACUUGAGGAAGAUGAUCGGGCAUCGGGCAUACCGGUCAUGGACGCCAUCUCGUCGAGGCGAUACAACGAGUCUAGGUUUGUCGGGUUUGCUGAACCCGAAAAGUACGGCGAUGUUCCGAGAUCGAUGUACCAACAUGCUGUGCGCUCAACCUCUGGCCGCGUCGACAUGCACUACACGAUGCCGUAUCCCGUCAAGACCGUCGAGCGGGUGACCGCCGUCCCAAUGUGGCCACGCGCAAACUGGCGCAAUCUUCCGGAGGGACUGCCUGCUCGAGUCAGGGGUAAAAAAAGCCGCAAGCCCCCGAAUAACAAGAUGUUGAUGCGGGUCCCUGCCGACGACGUCUUCGCCACGUCCAUGACGGAGGCCAAACCAUUGUCCCAGACUGGAUCGGCGCUCCACUACAGCCAACGACGGACUAUGACUGUACGCGAAGCCGCUCGCGCACAAGGAUUCCCAGACGACUAUAUCUUUUGCGCGCGUUCAGAGGACAGUAGUCCACGCCACACCGUCGAAGAUCAACAACGUCAGAUCGGCAACGCUGUACCUGUGCCUCUCGCACGCGCUUUGGCAGAGCAAUGUUUACGGCCAGCUCUUCUUACUCGCCACGAACAAGAGGGUCUCGGUAGUAGCGACGAGGGGAGCCCAGGGUUCUAA